CAAGCGUUCAAGCCUCUAAGCCUUCCGUGAAUCGCCAAUCUCAGACAAGAAGUUUGGCGAGCCAUGGGGGCGAACAUGUGCAAGGUGGAUGGUCAGGUCAGCAAAUGUGAGGUGGUCGUGAACAAUGGCAACCCCUUGCACAUGAAGAAGAUUGACGCGCGACCCGAGCCGGCACGUGCACCACCGAGCCUGCAAGACUUCAAGGGCACCCCAAGCAAAGGUGUGAGCAAGACAGGUCUGUUCGAGGAUGCGGAGUUCCCAGCCAGCAAUGCAAGCAUCGGCGGCGUUACAGGGGAUGCUGCCAACCCCAACGUGGCGCAGUACCUGGAAGAGAUGAUGAAGUUGGUGGUGCCGGGAUGGGCGCGUCCCCGUCAGAUGGUCGGGAAAGAGGCUGGCGAGCACAAACUCUUUGCCACAGAAGGCGAGCCCUGCCUCUUUGCACGCGUUUCCCCACGCGACAUCGAGCAAGGCUACUUGGGCGAUUGCUGGCUGGUCAGCUCAAUGGCGACUCUGGCAGAGUAUCCGGACCGAGUGCGGUCGCUGUUCAAGCAGAACACCCUCACGGAAGAUGGGCGCUACGACGUGAGGCUGUACGACCCGACGUCAGAAGAGUGGAAGGUGGUGACCAUCGACGACCGCCUGCCAUUCUGGCAGCGCCCAGGCAAGCACGGCAACCUGUGCUUUGCCAAGCAGACCAAGGAGAACGAGUUCUGGCCUUGCUUGCUGGAGAAGGCAGUUGCCAAGUUUGUGAUGUCCUAUCACCGGAUUGACGGUGGCUUUGAGUCAGUGGCCAUGGAGAUGCUGACGGGCAAGCCCUCCGUGUGCGUUGGGCUGAGCCAAGUGCCUGGUGGCGCGCAUGCCCCAUAUGCACUGCUCUGCGGGCAGACGCCUCAGACGGCCAAGCACGCCACCGUGUUAAUGCGCAAGGAGGCCUACGACGCACACUGGGGCUACUGGGGUCAGGAUGCUUCCGCCCUUCUGGGUGGCAAGAAGCAGCUCAGCGAUGACGAGCUUUGGAACAUGCUGAAGGACUGGGACAAGGUCGGCUACAGCUUGGCCUGCGGUUCGCGCUGCGCCUACAAGGGCAUCUUGCAUGGUCAUGCCUACACUAUCCUUAGGCUGCUGGAGGUUCCUAUCGACCGCAAGACGAAGGCGGGCAUUGAGGAGAGGUUCACCUUGAAGAUGGUGCACGUGCGCAACCCCCACCGCACCAACGAGUGGUUCGGGCGCUUCCACGAUGAUGACUGGGAGACCUGGAACAAGUACCCUGAGGCGCUCAAGGCGUGUGCCCACAAAGUCGGAGUGAAGGACAAUGGCGUGUUCUGGAUGGACUGGACAGAGUUCAAGCACGGUUUCAGAGACGUCGGCAUUUGCUUCGACAAGCGGAGCGAGGGUACCCGCUACACCGACAACUCCAAGGCUGCCAUCAAGGAGCACCAGGAGGUGAAAUUCGGCCAGGUGGGCUACCAGAAGUGGGAGGGCCUUUAGGCGGGUCUUUUUUGAGAAUCCUCUGAGCGUUGUUGAGGGCAGGACGGUCGCAUUUGACCCUACCUCAACGUGGUCGCAUUUGACCCUACCUCACGCUGAGGUAGGGUCAAAUGUGACCGGAGGUAGGGUCGUAUGUGACCGGGACCCCUGUUCCGUUGUAACACAUGCAACUGAAGAGUCCCUUUUUGACAGUGAGGUAGGGUCAAAUGUGACCGGUGCGUUUCGCGUGGCCCUGCCGUGGAAUUGGAACGCAGCAUUCGAUGUAUCAAACGAUCCAGUAGGGACAAAGCCAAAGUAGGGUAGGGUCAAAUGUGACCGGCGGGUAGGGUCGUAUGCGACCGUCCUCCCGUUGUUGAGCGCGCCCAGCCGGCGAAAGUCGUGAAGGCCACUCAAUAAUUCAACAAGCUCGAGCCAGCCCUGAUGGGCUCGGUCGGUUUGAAAUUGUUUGCCGCUGACAAGCAGUCAGGUUUGAGCAGCGGAAAGGCUUGCAGAAGCAGUUUGGCCUUUCUGGUGCUAGCAGCACUAGACGCGUGUUCUCGUAAAAGUUCUGGUCUCGCAGAAAAGGCA